ACAGAACAAGCCUGAUACAAGCACAAUAAGGGCAGCUCAAGGAUUAGGGGUGAUUUAUUGGACCGGAGGGGAAGGGGGGUGGGCGAACUAAGAUGGGAACGGGAGAGGACGACAGCGGGAUCGGGGUGGCAAAUAGAGAGUUAGGGCGCAGACAGCGGAAAGAAGCAAAGGUUAGGGAGAGAAGUAAGGAAAGCAGAGGAGAAAGAGGAGAAGUCGGGGAUGAAGGAGCAGGCAAAGGAAAGAAUAGAGAGGAUGGACGAAGAGAGGAUCGAUUAGUUUGGUGGUCAGUCUGGGGCGAGGCACUGCCCAAAGAGGAAUCGACCGACUGAUCAUGCGAGCGCGGGGGAGGCAAAUGGGGCAAACGGCGCCUCGGGCGG